AUGGCUCAACAGCCUUAUUAUCCCAACAAGAAAUGGCGCCCAAAUCGCCAAUAUAACUACUCUUCUCAGCAAGACAACUACUCGGGAGACUUUACGUCCGUUUCCGGUGGUCAUAGGCAAAGCCGACAGGACCAGGCAGACGUCUACCAGCGAGACAUUGACCAGGGACAGGCAGAAACUGAUCCAUGGCACCAGCAACGAGGGGUCGCGCCAGCUUCAAACGCUGCACACUAUGGUUAUGACGAACGAGGUCCUCAACAAGGCUGGAGACAACAUGGAGGACAUCACGCAAUGCGUGGAAAUGAUCAGGGUUAUACGCGAGACUUUUCACGGCGUUUCCAUGCUCACAACGAAUCUCACAAUACAAAUACCGCGCCGUCUCAGCAGUGGCGCGACCCACACGUAGAAACUACGUCUCACUGGAGAGAAAGGGAGCGUGAGGUCAUUUCUGAUUAUGAUCAUAGCCGCCCUGCGCGCUCCAUGGACUGGGAGGCAGGCCCCAACCAUGCAGGAUGGGAAGACCACCCUCCGACCGCUCCAACGGCCCAUUUCCAGCAACAGAUCCAUUCUCAUCAAGACAUGUGGUCUCAAAAUUCGACUGCGGAUUGGCAGGAGCAGAACCAGUGGCCUCGUCAUCAAGGACGACAGUACGACAACCGCCAGGGUUUCCAGCAGCACCCAAAACGGUACCCAAACCAAUACAACCAUUAUGACAAUCAUAAAUACGCCCGGCCAAAGCAAUGGAACAAGUAUAAACAGCAGAAUAGCGAACAAUACCAUUCCAACGACUACAACGACGCACGAAGUCAAGAUUUUCCCAUGAAGCAGAGAAACGGCGUCACUCCAGAUCGCCCUCUCCCGACUCAAAGCACGAACACCUCUCAAAAGGUGUCUACACUAGACGAUCUCGAUCGCGCGAGUCAGAGGACGGCCACGAUCGUCAAUACAGAGAUUCAAAACCGAAACGCGAGCAUAAUGAUCGCCAUGAAUACAGUCGGUCCUCAACCCAGUACCAUGAACGUAGUUUCAAGAACAAGGAACGAGACUACCGAGGUCGAAGUGACCGAGACACGAAGAAACAUGGUAGAGCUCGCAGCUCGAGUCCGAGCAGCCGAAGCAGGAGCCGUAGUACGAGUCGGGGUCGUAGAGGCUCACCAAUUCGAGCACGUUCUUGGUCGCGAAGUCAAGGCUCGAGCCGGAGUCGAAGCAGGAGUCGAAGUCAGAGCCGCUCUCGUAGCCGCAGCAUCACUCCACGGAGUCGUUCGAGGAGCCGAUCUAGUCGAAGGAGCAAAUCUCGUGAUAAACGUCCCCGAGAGGGCAGAUACAAGCGCAAGCGUUCUGCAUCCGCGUCACAAUGCAGUCUCGAAGCACCGACUGCCCACCAAGACUGCACCCAAGAUGCCCCUGCUCAAAGACGUUCCUUUAGCCGCAUCCCGUGCUGUCAUCCCUACUCCGCCUACUGCACCUCGUGCAAAAUCCCAAGCUCGAUCGGAUACCUUGAGUGCACCAGACACCCAACCUCAGACUGAACAAAAGUCUGCUUUGAGCCAAUUUUUCCCGGAUGCGGCUCCCCGUGCACCAAAGGGACAUCCUUCAUCCAACCCAUACGGCACUCAUACACCUCCAGGAGAGCCAGAUGAUCCUCACUCUACACCUUUACCGGUCCCGCUCAAUGCUGGCGAGAUGGAAACCAGUAGUGUAGCGGUGGCAGAAUCGGUUAUUACUCAACCCACGAGAAGCAAUCCUCCAGGGCGCGAAAACGCCAUGGGGCCUCCUCCGACCCGCACAGGCGCCAAGGAGGCUCCUUCACUUGUUCUUGAUACCACAUCAAAGGCGCCUUCAGAGCAGGGGCCGCCAACCAGUCCAUUAAAGACGACACAAGCGACGCCGCUGGCUUCAGAGACCCCAGUUCAGCCAAAACAGCGGAAGACAGAGGAUCUGUACAAAAUUGUGUCGCAGGUUGGCGAGGGUACUUUUGGAAAGGUCUAUAAAGCCCGUAAUCAGCUCAGUGGUGUCCAUGUAGCAUUGAAGCGCAUCAGGAUGGAAGGAGAAAAGGAUGGGUUCCCAGUAACGGCCAUGCGGGAAAUCAAGCUCCUCCAAAGCCUCAAGCAUGACAAUGUUGUCAAGCUACACGAGAUGAUGGUUUCCAAAGGCCUUGUCUAUAUGGUGCUGGAAUACGCUCACCACGAUCUUGUCGGCGUUCUGCAACAAACUCAAUUCAUCUUGGAACCAUCCCAUCUCAAGGCACUCAGCAUGCAGAUGCUUAGUGGUCUUUCAUACUUGCAUCUCAAGGGCAUCAUUCACCGUGACCUUAAAGCUUCGAAUAUUCUCAUCAACUCGGAAGGUCAACUCAAGCUCGCAGACUUUGGGCUUGCAAGGUUUUACCACAAGCGACGACGGGCAGAUUACACGAAUCGUGUGAUCACGCUCUGGUACCGGCCUCCUGAGCUCCUAUUAGGUGCUACAGUCUAUGGGCCAGAGGUGGAUAUAUGGAGUGCGGGGUGUAUCUUUCUUGAACUCUUCGUCAAAAAGCCGACAUUUCAGGGAAACGACGAGAUUCAUCAGCUAGAUGUUAUCUAUCAAGUCAUGGGGACACCAUCCGUUGCAUCAUGGCCAUCUCUCCCGAGCUUGCCAUGGUACGAACUCGUCAAGCCCACCAUCGUGAUGACAAAUGUCUUCCAAAAGACCUUUUCACGAUGGCUUCCGCCGGGUGCUCUCGACAUUGCCGAGCAGAUGCUCACGUUUGAUCCCGAUAAACGGAUAACAGCAGCAGAUGCAGUCAAUCAUCCCUACUUUGCUAGCGAAGAGCCUUUACCGCAGCCUCCAAAUCUAUCACAUUUGGAAGGAGAAUGGCAUGAGCUCGAAGCGAAAAAAUAUAAACGGAAGCGACGAGCCGAGGCCGAAGCAGAAGCUCCAGAGAGUGCUAUUCCUAACGAAAUUUCCGAUCAGCAAUAG